AUGCCUUCCUCAUCAUUUUUUCUGAGGUCGAGCACCACACUCGCUUCUGCCCUGGCUUUGUUUUCUGCUUCUGUCUCUACUCUUUCUUUGCCUUCUACCACAUAUUAUGCGUUGGAUACUGAAUAUUCGGGCACCACCUUUUUCGACGGCUUCAACUUCCAAAAUACUGCUGAUCUCAGCCAUGGGUUUGUGACCUAUGUUGACAAAGACACGGCAAAGCAGGAUGGCCUGAUUACUUUCGAUGGAGGGUCUGCGCAAAUGAGAGUCGACUCUGUCAAUACAUACGACGGCAAUGCAAACUACUGGCUCAUCAAUGGGGUUGGUCGACCGAGUGUGAGGAUUGAAAGUGCCAAAUCAUGGACUCAUGGUCUUUUUAUUGCCGACAUCAAGCACAUGCCCACAACGAAGACGAGCAGUGGAUGUGGCACCUGGCCUGCAUUUUGGACUCUGGGUGAUGGGACUUGGCCUUUCCAUGGUGAAGUCGACAUUGUUGAGGGUGCCAACAACCAAGGCACUCUCUUGUCGGCAGCUCAUACUGGCAACACUUGCACGGUCUCACAAAGUCCUCUCGAAAUGACGGGCACGUCAAAUGGUAACAAUUGUCAAUAUGAUGUCAACACGGGCGCAAACGGCGCUGGUUGCGCUGCUUUCGACAAACGGGACGCCAGCUAUGGUCCCGAUUUCAACUCUGCUGGAGGUGGUGUGUAUGCUAUGGAAUGGAAAUCGGAUGCCAUCAGUGUCUGGUUCUUCCCUCGAGGAAGUGUCCCAUCGGAUAUCACAUCUGGAAGCCCUAACCCGUCAGGAUGGGGAUUGCCAUCUUCAGUCUUCAAUGGCCCCGACUGUGAUAUUGAUGCCAACUUUGCCAACCACAGAAUCGUUUUCGAUACCACAUUCUGCGGUGACUUUGGCGAUGCUACAUGGACCAGUGGCGGAUGCUCUGCUAUUACAGGCGCUUCCAAAUGUUCCAUCUACGUUGGCAGCAACCCAACUCAGUUUCAAGAUGCUUUCUGGGACGUCAACUACGUAAGAGUCUAUCAAUCCAAGGAGAGACCAGUCACUACUUCCACCACUUCGACUACCACGACUACCACAACGUCGCCCACCAAAACAACCACCUUGGUGACCUCCACGACAUCAGCAGCCUACACGCACACCACGACCACUGAAGAAACCACCAGCAGCAGUUCCCUUGUCGUUGGAGGUACCACUUCUAGCGUGCCCCAUACAACUUCGACCAGCUCAUCUGUCGACCACGUGACGACAUCGUCCUCCCGGACAUACGCCAAUUCGAGCUCAACAAGCGUCAGCACGGUUGAAAGCACUACCAACCCAUCCACCUGGGAAGAUUGGACAUCCUCGAGUUCAACCACUCCAUUCGAUCCGAUCAAGACCUCGACCUCGUCAACUGUGUGGGAUGACUGGACGACGUCCAUUCAGCCUGUCGAUCCUAUCACCACCUCAACAUCGCCAUGGGCAGUUUGGGAAGAUGGGACCACAUCCUCCAGCAAACCAGUUGAUCCGGUGACGCCUUCGUCCUCGACAACCAGCGCGGUGACAUGGGGGGACUGGAGCGAUCCAAUAACCCACACCACCGUCACCAUCACGAAAACUUGGAUCGAACCCUGUUCCACAGGCUUCACGACUAAGACAACCACCGUGGUGGCUACACACUGCGGCUGCACCAAUACGCCUGUUCCCACGAUCCCCAUGACCGUGACCACCAUCACGCCCUCGGCAGGUUGGCCAUUCACCAUGCCUGUCGUCGUGACCGUGCCUGCCCAUCUAGGCGUCAAGACCACUCCUGCCGCCACGACCUCAUCGGCAAUAGCACCAGUCUCCCCCGCCACGACCGUGGCGGAAGGAGGCUCUGGCGACCACCCCAUCGUCUCGCCAGUCCCUCCUGAGGGCGAGGCUGCGAGCGCCAGCUUCGGUUGGGUAUCCCCUAGUGUCACGAUUGCGACCACUAUGACCGUUGCUCCUGUUAAAUCUUCGUCAACCACACCCGUUGUACCUGCAACUACAGGAGCCGAAACUGAACCUGGCUCUGGCUCUGGCUCCGGCACCAAGCCGUAUGUGGCGACCUUCACUGGCGCUGCUGGCCGAAGCGAGCCGAGUGCCUUUGCGCUCCUCAGUGCUGGUGUCUUGGCUAUUGCUGCCCUGUUGUAG